UGCGCCACCACCCGGGGACCCCACCCGGAAGUCCCGGCGCCGCCAAGAUGGCCGCGUCCUGCCGCGCGCAGGUCCUGGCGUUGUACCGGGCGCUGCUGCGGGAGAGCCGCCGCUUCGGCGCCUACAACUACAGGACCUAUGCCCUUAGAAGGGUCCGAGACGCCUUUCGAGAAAACAGGAGCAUCAAGGACCCGCGAGAGAUCCAGAACCUGGUGAACAGAGCCCGGCAGGACCUGAGUGUCAUCCGGCGCCAGGUACAGGUUGGGCAGCUGUACAUGACGGACAAACUCAUCAUCGAGGACCAUGACAAGCCCCAGGCCUAGGGGCCAGGAUCCCCAGGACAGGCCGCUGCCCCGCCAACCUGUGCCACGGGCUACCAAGUCUUCACCUGCCUGGAGCCACAGAUAUAACCAGGGCUGACCCUGCAGGCUGGGGACAGGAGCUCCCCGCUUCCUGUGAAGACCACGGAACCCAGUGUUUCCCAACAUGUUUCUUCCAAUAAACGAAAUUGUCUGCA